CACUAAUUAAGCUGGAUCCACCAUUCUGAAUCUGGGAGCCAAAGUAUCCUCGUCAGUACAAGACCACUGGGGGGGCCUUCAGGCUUCAGCUAAACCAGUAUUAAACCUGGCAUAGCUUCAUCCUCCGAUUUUCUAAGUCCUUUUCUCCUUUCUACGGAUUAUCGUGGUCGUGGAGCAAAAACUGAUUUUAAGACUUGGAAAAAGAGGAGACAUACAUAUAGAUGGAGUCCCACACGCAGGUAGGGGCGCUGCUGGAAGAAAAUGACACAUGGGAGAAGAAACUACAGGAUCCAAGCGCAACCCCAAUGUGUCUGCCAUUUGAAUUUUUGACAGAAAUCACAUGUAAUUUUUCCUCUGAGCGAGAACUUGGCAGAGGUGGCUAUGGGGUGGUUUACAAGGGAGUUCUUCCGAGCGGUAAAACUAUUGCUGUGAAGAGGCUUUUUGACUUGCAUAGACUGGAAGACGAGAAAUUCCAGAAGGAAGUCAGUUAUCUCAUGGGGAUCAAGCACACAAAUGUAGUGCUGUUUGUAGGUUACUGUGCGAAAUCUAGUUGGGAAGCGAUAGACCUACAAGGAGGCGGGAGUUAUAUUUUUGCUGAAACACGAGAAAGAUUGCUCUGCUUUGAGCAUGUAUGUAAUAAAAGCCUUGACAAGUAUAUCUCUGAUGAAUCUUCUGGUCUCGAAUGGGAAAUGAGAUAUGAAAUAGUAAGAGGAAUUUGUGCUGGUUUGCAUUACCUUCAUGAGGAAUGCCAUAUUGUUCAUCUGGAUCUGAAACCAGAAAAUAUACUGAUGGAUGCUACUAUGGUGCCAAAAAUUGCGGAUUUCGGUUUGUCAAAGAUCUUUGGUGACAAGCAAACCCGGAUCAUAACUGUAAAUCGUCCAGGAACACAUGGAUAUAUGGCACCAGAAUACUUAAUCCAAGGUGUAGUUUCCAUCAAGGCGGAUAUAUACAGUUUGGGUGUUAUUAUUAUUGAGAUACUCACCGGUUAUAGAAACUAUCCCCUGAGUUCUCUUCCACAUUUCCAACAAUUAAGCGAGGACAACAGUCGCCAGAUUACCGCAUCUUUCCAGUACUUCAAAGAGAAUAUACUUGAAACUUGGAGAAAAAGGCUGCAGAAGUCACAGGGAGACACAAUCUUGGAACAAAUACGAGUAUGCGCUGAGUUAGGGAUACAAUGCGUUGAAUUUAACCCAGAGAAUAGACCAGUUACAAGGCAUAUGAUCAAUAGGCUUGAUGAAGUGAACAUUAUGGACAUAUCUAUCAAAAGUAGCGAGAGCAGUACUCCACCAGUAUUGCAGGUAGGAGAAGCUUCGGAUACUGUGCAGCAAGGAGAUACGAGGUCCAAGGUAACUUUGCCUUAG